UGAAGAAAAAAUUUGGUAUGGUUUAUUUGUGCGAGCGAUAGUGGAAAAUGUUGCAAAAUAACCUUUUUUGUUCGCACAAUUGAAGUUUCCAGUAAUACUUGUCCAAGUUAUCAUCGUUUAUUUGAAAUUAGUGUUAGAAAUAAGUAUAACCUAGCGACUAUAAUCUCGUGUUAGUUUCGAUUGGACUCUUGCAAUAUCCACCCCAAAACUAUAGACAUUCCGUACAGUGGUGCUAAAAAACAACAGCAGGUUUUUCAACAGCAAAGAAAGGACAGGAAAGGGAAAAGCGGCACGGAGAUCGAAACAGUGUGAGACGAAAAAGAUGAUGUGUCAAAGUGAAAGAGCUGAUCGUAAGAUGGUAAAGCUUUCUUCUUGGUUCGAAUAAAAACAAGUUGAUUUCGGAGACGUCCUACCAGGCACCAGAGUGGAACACCUGUUUUCACGAAUUGCGUCUCUCGGUAUUGGUCGUUGUAGUUUGAAAGAUAUUAUUGAAGUUGAAAAUCAAUCCCGAUCCAGGAUCCGCAAAAAGUGUUACUAAAUGAAGCUUAAAUGAGAUCGACCGUAAGCUACAUGUUAUCGCAAGGACCAGGAGACCCGAUAAUGGCGCACCCCGACUACGAACAGCAUCACUACCACCAUGGUUGCCUGCUGAUCUUAGUGCGUGGAAUCGGUCCCCUUAAACCACGGUCACUGCAGCGGGUAUUUGAACGUAUCCAGCGGGUGAACAACGUUAAGAUUCCAGAUUCUCCGGGAACGACGAGAGAUAUUUGGGUUCGCUACAUACGGGAGCAUCCGGUGGAAAAUAAUGAUUGGGGUGAUUUUCAAACCCAUCGACGCCUAUUGGGCCUAAUAACAGUUGGCAAAUUUGACAACCAAAACGAGCUUAAUGAACUGUGCCGGGUACAUGAGUCCCUCAAGGUUAAAUACACUAAUACGCUGUUUGACUCACGAUGUUUGCUGUUCGGACCGGGCUGUGAAGAACUGCACAAAAUGGUAAACAAUUUAGAGGAAAAAAAGGACGCUACCAUUGAAAGUUGUUUCCAGACGCCGUCCAACUUCAAAAGUAGAGCCUUUUUCUACCCGGAGAACGAUUCCUGCUCAAAUCUGGAAACAAAGAUUUCAGAAUUUAUUACCUCUCUGUAUUACAUCUUGGAACACAAGCGGCUGGAGAAAACGCGCGAGAAGAUUGAUAAAGUGCCACUGCUGUUGGCUCCGUUUGAAAAGAAAGAUUUCGUUGGGCUAGAUCUUGAAAGUCGAAACAAUAAGAAGCGCUGCAUCGGCCGAAUGACGAAGCAUUUGGGAGACCUAACGCUACAGGCUGGCCUGGUAGCCGAAUCGUUGAACUUUUUUCAUACUGCGAGUGAAACUCUACGUGCCAUAAGCGAUUCGCUCUGGCUUGGUGCGGCCUUCGAAGGACUGUGUGCCGCCUCUGCAAUUUUGUUGUAUCCAAAUUUCCGCUACGCGAUGUCCAUUCAACGAAACUCUAGUCUACAGGAAAACAAUUCAUCGUCUCCUCAGAAAUUUAACCUUGCUAAAAAUCAGCUACUUUCAAACAAUAGCUACAAUGGCGAAAUCACCGGUAACAGUGUCGGUCAAAAGAAAACUGAUAUGGUGAUCAAUCUUAACUCAGAAACUGCAUCCAUUCCGGAUAAAACAUCGGCCUCCUCAAACUCGUCCGCUUCGUCAAUCAGUUCGACGUUUUCUUCUGGCUCCGGAGGUAGUACGGCUAGCGGUAGUUCUUCCUCCCUGACUGACUCCGGUACGUUGGUGAACAAAUCCGCAACGGCAGCAGCGGCACAAAAAUUUCCUCCGAAUAUUCUUCAACCGGAUGAUAUUCCGUUGCGUUACAGAGAAGCUAUUAUCAAUUAUAGUAAAUAUCGUAAUGCUGGAAUAAUUGAAACGGAAGCUGCUCUGAAAGCGGCACGGAUCUGUAUCGAACAAGGAAAGAACUUGGACGUAGCCAUGUUUCUCCAGAACGUACUGUACAUUAAUCUGAACAUGAGUGAACUGCAACGGGUCAGGAGGUUCGAAGUUCUCACGGAUUUAUAUCAGAAAAUAGGUUACAAUCGGAAGGCUGCAUUUUGUCAGCGAUUGGCUGCCUGGCGUCACGUAGCCGUAAGCAACACAAACCCAGACUGGGGCCAAAGUUAUCGACUGAUGUUGGAAAGUUUUGCUGGUCACAAACUUACACUGGAACCACACGAAGUGCUGGAGAAUAACACCGGUUGGCCAGUGCUACAAAUCGAUUUGCUCCAGCAGCUUGUCGGAACGGCUCGAAGGCUGGGUCAGCCAGCACUGGCCACCAGACACAUGACAUUCUUGCUGCAGACAAUGUGGAAACAUCUGACGACUCACGAACAGAAGGAGAUGGCAUUGCAAUUGCAGAAUUUAAGUUCACAGUGUGAAGGGGCGCCAGUUCCGCUGGUGCUGGAAAAUGGGACCGUAAUUCCACCGGCCAAUUUAACCGAUUUACCCCUGUGCAGUCAGCUGGAGGUGAAGGAUUUACCGUCCCAUCUGAGACCGGUGAAGAUCGUAAUAGCUAAAGUGGACCAGGGUCCCUUUCUGUUCACACCUAUCCACUUUAGCUCGAUGGAUCGUCGGCAGGCAAAGGACGAUAGCAAAAUUUCCUUCAACUGGAUUCAGCAUGAUGUCUGCGAAGUCAACGUGAAACUGACCAACCCCCUGCCGUUUGAGCUUCAAGUGACGGAUAUUCGCCUUCUGACUACAGGAGUCGUUUUUGAGGCGUUCCCACAAACGGUGAUGCUACCACCGCACAUUCUGACUACGGUGGCACUGCACGGAACGCCGAUCGAGAAGGGUGAACUUGAUAUCCAGGGUUACAGCACUCAUACCCUGGGUGUGAAAUCGAACUGUCGUCUGAAGCACAUGUUGCACCGUAGGCAACGCACGCUGCCAACGCACUACCAAGUGAAUGUGAUUCCUGCGCUUCCAAAGUUAGAACUAAAGACAAGCCUCCCACAGACUGCGACCUUUAGUGGAAUGCCAAAUGCAGACUGUGUCACAACUUCCGCCAGCAUUACACUGUACAACGGCGAAAAGGGAGAAUGCGUAGUGACUCUGACCAACACCAGUAACAUUCUGAUCGAGUACAUUGAUGCAACGUUUCACUCCAACAUGGAUGCUAAUUUACAGAAUCGGAUCUUUCAAUUGGCACACGAUGAGCUGAUGUCGAAGCUACCUAUUAAACCGAACGAGAGUAUUGAUUUCAAGUUGAUCAUUUACGGUGAGGCUGAUUUCCUGGGGGCCGUUGCGACCGGACAGCCAGCGUUUUCGCACCACGAUGGUAUAAACAGUGCAGGACCUCAGAGUCUAACGGCAUCUCACAGCGGAGGUGUUAUGGGUGGCGGUACCAUGAGUGGCAGUGGGAAUCCUAGCAUCCCAAGUCGGAUCAGUUCACCAACUAAUACCCAGCGACGGAACGAUCCGUUGACGUCUAGUUUUAGAUCGUCGCACUCGGGUCAUUCUUCGCUAGCAACGCUAAGUGUGGGAAUAGCAACAGGGCAUAUGCCCAGGCAGUUGGAGUCGCAACUGCGUUUCAAAUACUCUGGAGGAGAGGGCAUGCAGGAAGGCUUCUGCAGACAAUGUGCGAUUUCAUUCAAUGUGGAACUACUGCCGAGUGCACAGAUAACCAAUUGGGAUGUACUGUCAGCGGAAAUCCCUUCCCAAUUCUACCUGGUACUGGAUGUUGUCAAUCUAACCGUUCAGGAGAUGUCCCUCAACUACACAUCGAACAAGACAAUACUGAUCGAAGCGAAGGAAAGCUGUCGUGUUCCCGUGCCAGUCGAUCGAUGUCCACUGGAGCGAAUCUUGGCCGCAAUGGAACAGCAGCUUCAAUCGUUGAAUAGCCUAUCGGUGGAUGGUCAUCCCAGCAUACUCAGUGGCGUCGGUGUGACCACCACCAGCGGUGACACGGCUGACCUAACGGAACGGGUAUGCUCCGAACACAUCUCUGAGCAUGUCAAUUUGAAAUGGUCUCUGCCGGGAUUGGACUGCAGUGGUGUUGCUUCACUGCGAGGCAUCACGCUUUCGCCAACGAUGCUGGAUCUAGUGACGGUACCACCGUUGCAGUGGGAGGUAAAAGUCGACAACCAAGCGGUGGCUCCCCAGUCAGAAGUAACCUGCGUGACGGGACAGUACAUGGCACUGAGUGUCGGAAUCUGCAAUCUGUCCGCUUCAGUACUGCAUCAGGUACAGCUUUCGGUUCAGUUCUAUCAGGACUAUCAGAAUGGGCAUCACAACUACCGGCUGGAGACACGGGUCACAAUGACCGGCCCGAAUCACAUCCUCAUCCCCUCUCUCAACAAGGACGAGAAAGCAUUCCACGAAUGUUCGGUGCUCUUUUUCACGCCCGGUCGCUUCAAAGCGGACAUUCAGUGUCGAUCGCUUAGCUCCACGGGGGAUCACGCGUCGUCGUCUUCGCACGUCUGGCGAUUCAUACCGCCGGUGGAGAUAACCGUUAUCGAUCAGUAAUCGGAUUUGUAUGACGCUUUGUAGCUUGUUCGCUACCUUUAGACAGAACAGUACAAGCUACUACUAUCGCCAAACUACUAUAGCAAUUCAGCUAAGCUCGUACGUAACGUAACGAAAAAGCCUCACUCGAGUGAUCGGGAUCCCACGUUUAGUUUCUUGCACUUCUUUUAUUAUUAUUAUUUUAGGUCGUUAGUCAGUAACUCGUUCGGUAAAUUAUUGGAAAGUAUAGCAAUAUAAUGAUGAAAUUAGGUAACUUUGUCAGAGACAAGGACCGUCGAAACUACACAAAAAACGUAUAGCUUUCACAUUACAAUUCAAUUUUUAUUUAUUGUAAGAUGGUUACUCUUUGGUAAUGCUAGAGCAUCUAAUCAACGUAAAGCAACAUGAAAUUAUUCUUUCCUACAACUUUUUACACUUAUGAUGAUUCUCACGCUAUUACGGUUUUUGUAUGGUCUUGGUGAGGAUAGUCGAAUUUAGUAGAUAUUGUGUAAACGUGUAGCAACAACAACAACAAGAAACUGGUAAGCCAACAAACGUACAGUGUAAGCAUUAUAAGAGCUAUUAUAGAACGCUGCAAGGAUUUUUUGUUAACAUGAAAGAAUGGAUGUUAUUUAUUAUCUAAUAAAGAAAGUUGCUGAAGCAGUGCUAAUUAUA